CAAUCUGCGGACGAUAUAGAUUAUAUAGUGAUCUGCGGACCAUAUAGACAAAGAAGGAUUUUUGAAUCUGCGGACGAUAUAGACAAAGAAGGAUUAUAUCGAAUCUGCGGACGAUAUGAACAAAGAAGGAAAUGGGAGACGAUAUUGAUUGUUAGUGAACAAUGGUUUUGCAAUUGUUCACGCGUUAUGUUUUUGUACUUGAAUAUUUGUCCCGACACAGGCGACUUCCGCUGUCUUGACACCGGCGUAUUCCGCUGCUGUCCCGAUACCGGCGUCUUCCGCUGUCCCGACACCGGCGUCUUCCGCUGUCCCGACACGGGCGACUUCCGCUGUCCCGACACAGGCGACUUCUGCUGUCCCGACACCGGCGCCUUCCGCUGUCACGACACAGGCGACAUAGCGGACUUACGAUGUCCCUGCAACCUCCGGUGAAACUUUCCGCCUAGGUGAGAUGCAGAUGGCAGAUAAAGUCGGAAGCAGAGCUCCCUAACUUCUUCUGCGAUAAGAGCUGCCGGGCUUCGUUCUAUGUUGUUAGCACCAACGACGAGAGCAAUGGUCUUGAUCUGCGGACCAAAUGAAUAAAGAAUUAAUAUGCGUACGAUAUAUACAAAGAAGGAAUCUGCGGACGAUAUAGACAAAGAUGGAAUCUGGGGACGGUAUAUACAAAGAAGGAAUCUGCGGACCAUAUGAAUAAAUAAUAAAACUGCGGACGAUAUAUACAAAGAAGGAAUCUGCGGACGAUAUAUACUAAGAAGGAAUCUGCGGACCAUAUGAAUAAAUAAUAAAACUGCGGACCAUAUAUAUUCAAAGAAGGAAUCUGUGGACCAUGUAUUCUUAGAGUGCAUAGUAUUCUGCGGACGAUAUAGACAAAGAAGGAAUCUGAGGACCAUAUAUACAAAGAAGGAAUCUGCGGACCAUAUAUACAAAAAAGGAAUCUGCGGACCAUAUAUACAAAGAAGGAAUUUGCGGACCAUAUAUACAAAGAAGGAAUCUGCGGACGAUAUAUACAAAGAAGGAAUCUGCGGACCAUAUGAAUAAAUAAUAAAACUGCGGACCAUAUAUAUUCAAAGAAGGAAUGUGCGGACGAAUUCAUUGUAUCGCCAAUAGGUCUAGUUCCAAAAAAGGACCCCGGGAAGUACUGCAUGAUACAUCACCUGUCUUAGCCAGAAGGGGAAUCCGUCAAUGACUAUAUAGACCCAUCUAUGACAUCAGUCCAGUACACACGUUUCGAUAAAGCUGUUGAGUUAAUACGUCUGGGAUGGAAUCCGUUGCAGUUGAACAGUUUCCAUCAAGAACAGAGAAGAGGCAAGAUGGAUUCAAUUUCCUGUUUUUCAAGAGAUUUGUAAGACUGAUUCCUUGGUUAUUUCCGUCUUGGCGAAGCAUUCCUUCAUUGCUGCUAGUCUUUCUGCUAUGCCUGGGACUACUUGAGCAGUAUGUUAUCUACAACAUAGGAAAUGUUCCCAGUAAAUACUACAAAGCACUCGGAGAGAAAGACCAUAGUGCAUUCUGGCGACUUACUGGGAUAGCUGUAUCACUUAUUGUCUCUGAGGCAUUCAUCAAAAGUACCACCUUAUAUAUUUCUACUUACCUGUAUCUACAAUGGAGAGACAACAUUACACGACACCUGCAUCAGAAGUACUUUAAGGAGGUGCUAUACUAUGCUAUUAAUGUUGUGGAUAAAAGUGUGGAUAACCCAGAUCAGCGGAUCACACAAGAUGUGGACAAACUGUGCAGUACGCUGAGUCAGAUUAUGGCUCCCCUGAUUAUCUCCCCUUUUACAAUCGCUUACUACAUCUACAAGAGUCAUCAGAGCUCAGGGUAUUUGGGACCGGUCAGUGUUCUUGUGUUCUUCAUCAUUGGCACAGUGUUCAACAAACUCCUGAUGUCCCCGGUGGUGAGAUUGGUCUUUCUGCGAGAGAAAAUGGAGGGAAAUUUCAGGUAUAAGCAUAUGCAAAUCCGCAGCAAUAGUGAAUCUGCUGCAUUCUACCGGUCAGGGAAGAUUGAGGAGGGGAGGACCAACCACCAUCUUGCCAAUCUGAUCAACACUCAGAGGAGACUCAUCCUCAGGGAGUAUGCUUUAAACUUUUCUGUCAAUACAUUUGACUACUUGGGCAGCAUACUUAGCUACAUAGCCAUUGGUGUCCCAAUAUUCCUGGGAACCUAUGAUGCUCUCUCAGCACCCGAUCUCUCUGCACUGAUCUCUGCUAAUGCAUUUGUGAUGAUCUACCUCAUCAACUGUUUUACGACUCUGAUUGACCUUUCAGUCCAGGUCACUAACAUUGCUGGCACCACUCACAGAGUUGUGGAACUUCGUGAAAAACUGGAGCAACUGUAUGACGCCCAGCAGUCCCAUGAGAAGAAUCGCCCUGCCAACAUGCAGGGCUUUGGGUGGAGCGAAAUGUAUGUUGAGGAACCAACAGGGCACACGGAAACCCUGCUGAGGAAAGACCAGGGAUAUCAGGUCGAGGCUGGUAGUGAAAGUGAGACUGAAGAUCCACCAAUCACAGCUCUCCGUGUAAACGACCUCACAUUUGUGGCUCCAAAGUCAACAGAGAAACUAUGCAUUGGGCUUUGCUUUGACUUCAAGCAGGGGGUCAACAUCUUGGUGACUGGAGAUAGUGGUUGUGGGAAAAGCUCGUUACUACGAGUCAUCAAUGGGAUAUGGCCUGAACUUAGAGGCACAGUGACCCAUGGGGUGGAGCAGCUUCCCCACCGUCUGCUGUACCUGCCCCAGAGGCCUUACUUCACGGAUGGGUCGCUACGACAACAGGUAAUCUAUCCUCUUCAAGAGUUUGAUAGACUUGCAGACACAGGUGAGAGUGACGAUAUAGUCAUAGAAGACCUCCUAUCUAAAUCUGAUCUCGGUCAUUUGAAGGACAGGGUAGGGGGACUGGACACUCAGGUGGACUGGAACUGGUAUGAUCAUUUAUCACCUGGGGAAAUGCAGAGACUGUCCUUCACAAGGCUCUUCUACCAUAAACCUAAAUUUGCAGUAUUGGAUGAGGCUACGAGCCAGGUAGGUGUUGACAUGGAGGAGAGACUGUACUCGCUGUGUUCACAGCUCGGUAUCACCUUGCUCAGUGUGGGCCAUAGGGACACCCUGAGGAAGUACCACCAUGUUGAGCUGCACAUCGAGAAACAGGGGACCUGGUCCCUGAAACCCCUAUCUGCAGGGUCUAAUUCAUAGGGACAUGUUGUGAGAGGGAGUAAGGCCUUAAAACCCCUUGCUUCAUGUGCAAAUAUGUUGCUUUAGGGAGUCUGGUCCCUGAAACCCCUGCCACCAUGUGCCUCCACGAAGAGACAUGUUACAAAAAUGUGCCUGGGCUCAGUCUUAUGGAAAUUCUUAAUUUUUUAGCUCAACUCAGAAAAUGAGAUUUGUGUUUCGAUGCGGCUGAGUAUUCAGAAUGUUGGUCAGUGCAUAAACAAUCUCAAAUCUCAGCUAUAAGAAUAAACACAUAUUCCUCCUAAAACUCUGGAUUGAGUCAGACUUUAAACCCAGAAACAACUUCUGUGAACACUCAAUAGAGCAUGAUGAUCAACCUCAUUUUACAAAUUUUAUAAACUUAAAGUUGAGUCUGAAUAUUGAUUUUAGUAUGUUCAUGAUACGUGGUCCAUGCCCUGAAACCCCUCCAUGAAUAUGACACUACCUAGGGUCAUGUUGUUAUUGAAUUGCCAUAUUUUAAUUAUGAUGUUGCUCAUUUACAAGAUGAAGGAUUAUAUCUGUUGCCUGAGUGUGCAGUUAAUGUUGAUACAGGGGUGUGUGAAUUUCAGUCUUGAAUUAAUUCCUGGAUGUUUAAUUUGGUUAUGAUUUGAUAAGUGUGAUUACCAUUUGAUUUAAUACAAGGUAGGUGGAUGUAUGCUGCGCUUUAAAGAGGUGUGGUAGUAGGUUGUGAUUUUAUACAGUGGGUUGUUGAAGAGAUGCAAUUUUCAAAAAACAUUAGUAAAUAAUCAUUCUAUCUCGACAGAGUUAACCUCAGAAGCAUAAUAAUGGUUGUUUAGAUUAGACAGUGUUUCUCGCAAGAACCACAUAUUUAAUAUAUUGUUGGUUGCUCUAUACUUCAACCAUGAAUGGGAAUAUGUUAUGAGUUGUUACACAACUAUCACUAGACUACAACUUGAACUAAUAUGCUAACAGCUGUUACACAACUAUCACUAGACUACAACUUAAUUGUAAAGCAUUGAACUUCAAAAUACCAUCUACUGGUAUUAGUUGUAGCCUAGUUAUAGUUGUAACAGCUAUUAGGAUAUUAGUUGUAGUCUAGUGAUAGUUGUGUAACAGCUUUUAGCAUAUUAGUUGUAGUCCAGUGAUAGUUGUGUAACAGCUUUUAGCAUAUUAGUUGUAGUCUAUGGAUAGUUGUGUAACAGCUGUUCUUAUAUUAGUUGAAGUCUAGUGAUAGUUAUGUAACUGCUGUUAGCAUAUUAGUUGUAGCCUAGUUAUAGUUGUAACAGCUGUUAGCAUAUUAGUUGUAGUCUUGUGAUAUUUGUGUAACAACUGUUAGCAUAUUAGUUGUAGUCUUGUGAUAGUUGUGUAACAGCUGUUGACAUAUAAGUUGAAGUCUAGUGAUAGUUAUGUAACAGCUGUUAGCAUAUUAGUUGUAGUCUAGUGAUAGUUGUGUAACAGCUGUUAGCAUCGUGGUUGUAGUCUAGGGAUAGUUGUGUAACAGCUGUUGACUUAUUUUGGAGGAAAUAAUAAAUUUUGUGCAAAUAUAUGUUUUAAAAAGUUCCCAUUUGUGUUGUGUUGAUAUAUAUCAAAUUAGUCUUUACUUUGAUACUUGGAAGGUGCAUUUUCACAACAAUUUUUGCUCAUUUAUGUGUGUUUUCAGUGUUGAUUGUAUAUCCUUACAUCCCUAAUUAAUGAAAAUCUGCAAUCACUUUAAUUUUUAGCUGUGCCAAAGAAAUAAUACUGUUAUAUGAACCGUUGAGGAUUUUUAAUCAGAAUACCAUUACAAUGUGUACAGACAAUGAUAGUGUUUAUGAAAUUAAUUAUGUUGAUGCUUGAAUGUUAUUGUUCUUAUAAUUAAAGAUAUUAGCACAUGUAUUUGUUGUUACAAGUUUCCAUGCAGAAUUAAACUAUAACUAACUAGAAAAAAACAUUACACAAUGCUGCUCCCUGGAAUUUUUAUGCAUUAUAAUUUAUAGAAAAAUAAAGCCAGUUUAAUUAAAUUUAGUGAUGCUCCUUUGUUUCACCUUUGACAUAGUGUUCUUCUGUCAAGGUUAUAUGUAUCUGCAUAUUUUAUGAGGGAGGACCGAUUAUUAAAUUAUUUUUUUCCUGAAAAUUGAUUAAAAAUAUACAGUUUAAUUUAAGUUAGAUGACACAUCUUUGUUUCACUUUUGUCAUAGUGUUCUUCUGUGAAGAUUAUAUGUAUCUGCAUAUUUUAUGAUGGAGGACCAAUAAUUAAUUUAUUUUUUCCCGAAAAUUGAUUAAAAAUAGACAGUGUUAGAUGCUCUGUAUAACCAUAAUUAAUAUUACUGGCAUUUUCUAUGUAUCACUUUUGCAUAAUACAGGGGAGAUGUUGUUAAGUAUUAUUUUUAUUGAUUGCCUGUAUAUGUGUUUAUAGAUCUAUAUGUUUGUCUAUAAAUGUACUAUUAUUGAUAUUUACAUGAUUGCUAUUGAAAAUCAACUGUUUUACAGUAUGUUAAGAGGUUACAUUUUAGAUGGUUUUAGUUCUUGGUAAAAUUCCAAUACUUUUGUUUUGUAUGGAUAUGUACAUUUACUAAAAUAAGUAAAGUUUA